AUGGAGGUGGGAGGGAGCGACAGCGGGAUGGAGCCGACGCCGGACUCUAGCCUGACGUCGGAGCGAGAGCUGGGAGACGGGACGAGCAGCGAGUCCUCGGCGGCCUCAGGCAGACGGGGCAGGCCCCCGCGUACCCCACUCGCCCGGUCCGUCAGUGUGCGCAGCCCCGCGCUCAGGACUCCCGACGACGGCCGCUGGCCAUCCAACACCCGAAGGAACAUCAUGAGUGUCUCCGUCACUGGAAGUGCCCCAGAGAGGAAUAAUUCAGACAAGUAUGCCACCCUACCACGAAGGCGAAGGAAAUCAGCUGAAAACUUGACGAAGAGCAGGGAACCUAGCCUAAACAGGACAGCCAGCCUACGAAGGAAGAAGGCUGAAGAGGACAAGAACAAAACGCCCACCGGGAUCAAGAAGACACGGGCCAGAACCAAGAUAUACCAUGAGGUCGGGUGCCAGACUGGGCUCACAGGAGCAGACAUUGAGGCAACCACUUCCGCCCGUGUUCGAGAUCCAGCCAACAGGGUCGAGCUAGUGACUAUUGGAGUCCAGGCGGAAGGAAGAUUAAAUGAAUUUGAGAAAUUAGAAAAAGAACACAAAGAACUAGAGGAGAGAGCUAAGAGACUGACUGAAGAGAAGGCCAGCCUAUCGGAAGAACUUUCCAAGGAGAAGGAAGAGAGACAAAAAAUAGAAGAAAGUAUUAGGUCUAUACUUGGCUUAGGGGGUGAAGAUGAACUGAUAAAAUGCAUUGAGAAAGACAAGAAAAAAGUGACUGAUAUUGUUAAAAAACAGAAUCUGGAAAUCAAUCAACUUCAUACCCUGUGCUGUAACUUGAAGAAGGAAUUGGAAAGAUGUGCUUUACGAGAAGAACGGUUAUUGGAAGACCAAAAGGAGAGUGAAGCAGAGUCCCUGGAAAUACAAGAAUUCCUGCAAGCAGAAAAAUCAACUUUAGCUGAAACAUUGAAGGAACUAGAAGUUGAGUUGGCACAAACCAAAGUUUCCCUUACAAACGCUGAAUCAGAACUAGCAAAACAGCAAGAAGAGUGCACACAUCUUGUGAGGAUGUGUGAACAAAGGAGACAGGAGAAACUAUCGCUGGAAUCAAGAUUACGAACUCUUGAAAUGAGGAGCAAAGAGACUAUGCUAGAACAAGGCGCUGCAGUUUCUGGUGCCGCAGUGGCAUUAUCAGGGCUUGGCUCGAGGCUAGAUAUUCUGGUUUCAAACCUUGUCUCAACUUAUAAUAUUUCUUCGGCAGAUCUAGAGGAUGUAGUGUAUCACAACGAAGCUUUCAAUGAGAGUGACAGCAGUGGUGAUUUGAGUCCAGAAGUAGAGGAAAAGAAAAGUGGUGGUUUCUUAGCUGCUAUUAUUUCUGCGAUCAAGUCAGCAACUCACAGAUCUACUCCUGGUGUUACAGACACUUUCUCUGAGAGUGAACUUUUAGCCUCGGAGUCAGAGCCUGUGUUUUCCGAUAAGAGAUCAUCAUUCGCUUCUUUACCUGAUAUUUCACCUCUCAAAUCACAUCGGGCCUCCAUAGCUGCCUCUGACGACUUUGAUUUGUCAGAAGAUGGACCUCUGACUAAUAGUGACUCUAUUCAAAAUUUAUCUGAUGCUAUUAUAAGAAGGCAGAGGGAAGAAGAAGAAUCUAAUUUUCUUUGCGGCCAGAAAUCCCAUGCAACCCAAGGGGGUGGCAUUAUUGACCAAGUUAUUGAAGUUGACAACAUGGUAACAAGGCUCCUUAGGGUUCUUCACAUAAUUGAAGCUAAAAGACAAAAUAUCAAAUAUAUGAAAGAAAACGGUGAGAAAGAAGUUAAAAAUAUUAAUGAAACAAUGGACACUUUAAAGAAUGAAAUAAAAGAACUUAAAUUAAAGCUGCAACAAACAGAAAAAUCCUCUCUUCAGGUUGAAAGCCUUCAAAAAGAAUUAAAAGAAAGAGAAAAACAAUUGGAUGAGUCUGAAAAGAAGUUUGAACUAGCACAGGAAUUACUUACUAACAACUGGCAUAAGGCUAUGUCUGAAGUUCGAAGACUGUAUGAAGCUAUAGAUUCGGCUCUGGAGUUAAUGCAGGAAGCAGGAGAUGAAGUUGAGAGAAGUGCAGUUCUGUCACAGGUAAGAAGAGAACUGGAAGAGACCAACUUCCGCUGUUCAACGACCCUUCCAGUGUCAACAUCACGACCAGAUCUUAAUGCAAAUGCUGCUCUACCUUUAAACGUUGCAUAA